AAACACCCCCAGUUUGUCUGAGUGGAACCAACAAACACCACAGUUGGCAGUCAUUUCUUCCACUGUCCUUUGGUGGGUUUCCCAUGGAUCUGGCUGACAACCUGGAUAUUCUACCCUCGAAGGAAAGCAGGUGUCUGAUGUGUAGCGACGCGUGUGGUCAACGCGGCUCCAUGGGUGUGCGAGCAAUUAUCCCUCCUGUUUUGCUGACAUGAAUAACCUGAUCGAUCGCCUGGCUCCUGCCUCGUUCCUCAUUUCUCACCCUGUAUCUGAAACCGCGCGAUCUGACACGGCCCGCCUGAUUUAGCGAUUCCGAGACUGAGAAACAAGCGACUGAUACAUUUGUCGGAUAUGGUGUCUCGAUCCAGCGAGGGCAGUGAGGCGGCGGCCCGUCCACCGUCCAGGGCGUCGGGGACAUCAGCCAAACCGCGACUCUCGAGACUCAACACCAGCCCUACCAAGCGAGAAGAUAAGACAAGGGAGGAUAAGGUGGUGAAAUCAUCGGCGAAAGAUGUGGCAGAGCUCAAAGAUUAUCAAUUGGGUGAUUGCUUGGGCAGAGGUGCAUUUGGGUCUGUUUACAGGGCGCUGAACUGGAAUACUGGGGAGACAGUGGCUGUGAAGCAGAUCAAGCUGACUGAUCUUCCCAAGAGCGAGUUGCGGGUUAUUAUGCUGGAGAUUGAUCUCCUAAAGAACCUGGAUCAUCCCAACAUCGUCAAGUACCAUGGAUUCGUAAAGUCUGUUGAAACUUUAAACAUCAUCCUCGAAUACUGCGAAAAUGGCUCAUUACAUUCAAUCGCAAAGAACUUCGGUCGCUUUCCGGAGAAUCUGGUCGGCCUGUACAUGUCCCAGGUCCUUCAUGGACUCUUAUAUCUACAUGAACAAGGUGUCAUACAUAGGGACAUCAAAGGCGCGAAUAUUCUCACCACCAAAGAGGGUCUCGUGAAACUAGCAGACUUUGGUGUUGCCAGCCGCACUACCGGUCUCAACGAGGCAAGCGUCGUUGGAACUCCUUACUGGAUGGCCCCUGAGGUGAUAGAGCUUUCAGGUGCUACUACGGCAUCUGAUAUAUGGAGUCUUGGUUGCACUGUCAUUGAAUUGCUUGAAGGAAAGCCUCCCUACCAUAGCCUACAACCUAUGCCUGCACUAUUUCGCAUUGUCAACGAUGAUCAUCCUCCUCUACCCCAAGGUGCCUCUCCGGCUGUUAAGGAUUUCCUCAUGCAAUGUUUCCAAAAAGACCCCAACCUUCGUGUCUCGGCCAGGAAACUUCUCAAACACCCCUGGAUAGUGAACGCUCGCAGGUCUGAUUCGGUCAUUCCGAAAAAGUCCACUGAAUACGAAGAAGCAGUAAAGAGUGUUCAAGAAUGGAACGAGGCUCUGCGCUCACCCGGUGCAGGCACUUUACGAAAACCUUUCAAAUUCGAUCAUAACAACCAAGUCCCUCUGCCCCCUUCUCGGAACACCCCAACGAAAGAUACUCUACCGUCACCAAUCUCUAAGAAUGUAACAGAGAAAUUUCGAUCGGCCGAUUCGAAUGAGGACGACAAUUGGGAUGAUGACUUUGCUACCGCCAUAUCCCCUAGUGCGAUGAAGUUACCGCAUCUCCGGCCACAUGACAAUUUCGGAGGAAUGCUUUCUUCUGAGAAACUCAAAGCGUUUGCGUCUCUUGAUGGGACAAUUCUAAGAUCCGAUGAUAGCUUUGAAUUUGACGAUCCUUUCACUGCUUCCUCUUUGCAGCCUGACGAGUCAGAUUUUCAGGAGACAAUUCGGCCAGUUCCAUUCAAACAACCCCCAGUUGAAAGUGCGCAGCUCCAAAAUCUACCACAUCAUCAGCCUGCUAAAAGCUCUAUAUCUCCCAUGCACAAUGUUCCAAUUCUCACUCAGAAUCCUGUGCCACCAAUGAGACAACCGCCGCGUCCAGCUUCGUUCUACAAAGAGAACCCGGUUGAGGACUACUCCGAUCUUAUCAUGGCGAAUGAAGAUUCAUUGGACCGUAAGCUUGGAGCUUUCCGGGAAGUUGAUGAGGAGCCGGAACUCAUCCUCCAAACCUCUCCAUCGAAGGGAGCAGCUCAGUAUCAAUUAUCAACCGAAGACGAUGGACCACCACAACCACGGCUUAGGAAACAGAUAUCAGUCAAGCGUCAUCGUUCCGCGAUUGAAAUUCAGAGAUUCGCUGAAAAUGAGAAUGACGAAGAUUUCUCUGACAUCCUGGGUGCCGAUGAGGUUGCUUUGGAGAAGCCUGAAAGUGACGGUAGCUCGGAUCGUAGCACAUUAAUGCUUAACUCGAAAUUAUCGAACAACUCCUGGCUUGGAGAUCAGGACGAUGAGGAUGACCCGUUUGCCCAGCUUGAAGAAGGUUUCGACGAAAUGGAUUUGGAAGCCAAUAUUGCGCGCGACAAAUAUGCUCGACUUCGAAGUCAAGUCGAGGGACUUGUUAGCUCCUUGAAGACCUCGCAGGAUGAAGAGGUCCUUGCGGAUAUUUCAGACCAGCUGCUGACAAUUUUCUGUGAUCUCCCAGAGACGAAGAAUAUCAUUAUUGGUGCACACGGAAUGCUACCCAUUUUGGAGAUCCUUGACUCAUGUCGCCGGCGUGACAUUAUCCUCUGUCUGUUGAGAAUUGUGAACGCUAUCAUUUAUAACGAUGACGAAAUCCAGGAAAACCUUUGCUUCGUAGGCGGUAUUCCCAUCGUCAACGAAUUUGCAUCAAAGAAGUAUCCACGGGAGAUUCGACUUGAAGCAGCAGCUUUUGUGCAGCAGAUGUAUCAAACAUCCACUCUCACACUCCAAAUGUUUGUCAGCGCUGGAGGUUUGAAUGUUCUUGUUGAAUUUUUGGAAGACGAUUAUGAGGACGAACGAGAUCUUGUUCUCAUUGGAGUAAAUGGUAUUUGGAGUGUUUUUGAAUUACAGGGCUCUACUCCGAAGAACGACUUUUGCAGAAUUCUAUCUCGCAGCUCUGUGUUAGAUCCUCUUUCACUCGUCUUGAGUCGAGUAUUAGACGAGGAGGGAGAUCUGGCUGAGAUUGUCGAGGGUCGUAUUGCGAACAUUUUCUUCAUCUUCUCACAGGCCGAGAAUCAUGUCAAAGAAAUGGUCUCUGAACGAACCGUUCUGCAUAGAGUUCUCAAAGAGCUGAAGCGCAUGACCCCUGCUCACCAAAUAACCAUGUUGAAAUUUAUCAAGAACCUUUCCAUGCUUUCAACAACCCUUGAUUCCCUUCAGAACUCAAACGCCAUUGACGUACUCACGGAUCUUCUACGAUCAACCAUAAGACGACCUCAUUUCCGAGAAGUCUCCAAUCAGAUUCUGAAUACAAUCUACAACAUGUGUCGCCUAAACAAGACACGCCAGGAAGACGCUGCGCUAAAUGGCAUUGUGCCUCUGCUUCAGAAGAUUGUAAAGACGGAGCGGCCAUUGAAAGAGUUCGCGCUACCAAUCCUCUGCGACAUGGCGAACUCUGGAAAAGUUGGUCGUCGCGAACUGUGGCGCAACAAGGGUCUCGCCUUUUACAUCUCCCUUCUUUCCGACCCAUAUUGGCAGGUUACUGCUCUAGAUGCUAUAUUCACCUGGCUCCAAGAAGAGACUGCAAAGGUUGAAGAGCAUCUCCUGGAUAACCGCCAUGACAAGCCAUCAUUUACGGAUGCCAUUGUUAAGUGCUUGACGUUUUCCAAGGCAAACGCUUUUGAAAACAUUCUUGAACCGCUCCAAAAGCUUCUUAGGUUAAGUCCACCAAUUGCCUCGACACUUGCUCGGCCAGAUCUCUUUACGCGGAUCGGACAAAAGCUUCACCACGCUAAGGCUGCAGUUCGCCUGAACCUACUCCGAAUCAUAUCAAGCAUUUGCGACUCGAGUGAAGAGCAAGGAAGCCUUCUCGCCAGAUACGGUCUUUUGGAUGCAAUCAGGGAAUUGGAAAAUGACCCAGCUAUCUUGGUCAGAGAUAUGGCCGGAAAGCUUAUUCAGUCAAGUGAGAUGAACGAUUCAUAUGGUAUGGGAAAGCGCAGACCUGGCGCGAGACGGCAAAGCACUUCUACCACACCACCCGGUUAUCUGGUAAACCAGUCUGCCCCCUCUACUCCACAACACAUCCAUCGCUCGAGUGGAUCUAAAGGAUAUUACGAAGGGCGAGAGACGUCGCGACACCCACGGAAUGCUUUAAGUGGCUCCUCGCUUGCAAUGCGACCUGGGAGUCGAGAUGGCAACGGCUCUGGUCUUCCCUCUGGAGUGAAUGGAAGCUCUGGCGCAUCAAGAAACAGAAUGUCUCGCGGCAUGUCUAAUCGGCUGUCUCACGUCGAGCUUUUGACCGAGGAAGACACAAGGCCGCCUAGUUCAAUGGGCCGCCGGCCAUCCUUGGUUCCUAGGCGCCGAAGAACCCAUACAGAUGACGAAUGGGCGAUGUGAUUUGACAUUACUUACGUCCUGUCCAUAUUCCUUUCAUGCUCUUUUCAUUCAGUUGUUCAUGCUACCAUCUUCGGUCGGUUCUUUGGUUUCAAACAUUAAGAACAUAAAGGGGUAGCUAUAUAAUGUUUUACCGAGUGCAUCGCAUAAAAUAGGCGCAUUGGGACUCGGUUUCUCUCUCUUUGAAUUUCUUUUGUUAUUCUGGCAAAACACCCAAAACGGACUGGCUGACUCUUGUAUCUAUCUCUUUUUUCUCUUUGUACUUUUUGUCGUAUUUGGUCAAUUUGGCCUACUUCUCUCGGAGCAUUGUUGUAUCUGUCGAUAUGCCAAGUGAUGUCGAUAUGCUACAUGCUACUGUUCCUUUCUAGACCAAUUUUAGACUUAUGGGAUUCCUGAUGAAAUGUAUAUCUUCAUCGUAUGGUGCCGGACGUAGGGCC